CAACUUCGUCCAGGUGCACAUGUGGUGACCCCCCAACAACUCUUUCCCGGAAACCACUCACAUCUCGACACGUCACCACCACUCCUGCCUUUAAACGGUCUGUCAGAUGGCGUCCUCUAGUUAUUCAUCUCCAGAACUUGACCACGUGUCAAAUCUGACAUGGCGUAACCCCGUUCGCCGCCACGCCUGUAUAUAUAUUAUAUAUAACCCACACGUCCCUUGCAAAGGGACAGCAUAAUUUGUAGGGUACCCCAAGCCAUGAGCCCAUCGCAAUUGAAUGACCAUGCACAUACAAAAAAUGGCUUGAAAAUCAACAAGGACUCUCAUUUGAUCAAGAAAUCAUCACCACCGUCGUCAUCCUCGUCAUCGGCGAUGGCCGUAAAGCCUCAGCAGCACCGCCAUCCGGUCAUCAUCUACACACAUUCACCGAAAAUUAUACACACUCAUCCCAGGGACUUCAUGGCGUUGGUGCAGAAGCUGACCGGGUUGUCGAGGUCGGAUGACGACGGUCCAGCUCAGCAGGCGCAACGGAAGGCGGAAAAGGGCGAUUUAUCGGAGGAUCAUCGGAAUAACGUGAAGGAUGAAAUGGAGUCAACUUCAGUAAUCUCAGAUGAGAAUUGCAGCAGUGGUGCUACUGCCAAUCUUGUAGGUGAUGGGAAUUCUUCAUGUUUUCUGCCUCCGAUUUAUGAAAAUCAUCAUUCAUUUUUAGGAAAUCUUCCUUUGUUUUCGCCAAAUUCAACUGACUUUUUAUGCUCAAAUCAUCCUUUUUAUAAUUAUUCUGAUUCUUUGAUUUAUACUCCUACCAUCAGGAGUUCCAUUUCAUCCUCGACCUUGGAAGGAUUGAGUGAGUUUCGCGAUUUUUAGUUUUUCUUUCAUUUGUUCGCAAUUGAACUUUGGCAAGGAGAGAAUUUCAAUCUCUUUUUUAGGUUUUCGUAGAAUUUGGAUCUAUUUAUUUCUCGGUAGGAUAAUCUCUUAAUCUCUUCGUUUCUUAGCAUCUGCACUUUUCGCUGACAUUGUAAAUGUACUCGAUUUAAUAAAAUGAGAACUCCAUAUGGUGAGAGAACUGCAUUUGAGUUUCUUGUGAUAUUGUAAUAUUACUCAAAAAAUAAAGGAGUCUCAUUCGAUGAAA